UCGUCACCUACCAAGAUUAGAAAUGCUAAUCACUGCAUUAUUAUUAACAACACAACUUGAUUUAAAUAUCAUUUUCCUUAACUAAAUCACUGGAUAAAAACUGCCUACAAUUACAAUGGUGAAUUUAGCUGGUUAAAUGAACUCUGGUUUAACUGGUUAAGAAUUUCCCUGAAAAUCUACAUUUCCAUGACAUUUCAAGUUUUCCCCUCUGUUUCAACUAUAUAAGCAGUGCGGCAGUUCUUCUUACUUCUCAGUUCUCACCCUUUCUCUCUCUCAAAAAAAUUCUUGUUUUUUUUCUUUUUUGGUCAUUUCAGUGUUGAGUAGUAGAAAAUCCAUGGAUUCUGGAAGAUUUUACGGUGAUGAUCACCUUCAUCAACAGCUCAAUGAGCAAGUUAAGCCUCCAGAGAAAUGUUGGUGUAAAGGUGUUAGCAAUUUAGGGGAACUGAAAUGGCUGCAAGACUUCAUGGUUCACCAGUUUAAACCUUCAAUUGGGGAAGAGGUUGAGAAGGUUUUGGAUCGAAAACUCGUACCGAUUCUUUCUUUAUUGCAACAAUGUGUCCUGCUUCUUAAUCCAAGCUCAUUGCCUUUUCAUGCUGAGUCAUCUGCAUCAAGGAUAUUGCAAUUACAAUUUAAUGGUGAUGUUCCUGAUACACUCUUAACCAUGGACAAAAUAGAAGAUGAGGGUGCAUCACUUGAAGUAGAGUUAGUUGAUGAAUCUGGGAAUAAAGUGGAAGUUGGGGCUGAAUCUUGUGUGAAGAUCAAGAUUGAUGUUCUUGAUGAUGAACUUGAUACUGAGGAUAGAGAUGACUCAGAUGAGUUGACUGCGGAGGAUUACACUAAACAUAUAGUCAGGCCAAGGAAGAACAAAGGAGCACUUCUGAAGGGUAAUUGCGAGAUUAGAAUGACCAGAGGAGCUGCUAGUGUUAGUCACAUUGCUUUCACUGAUAACUCCAAAUCAAUGAGAAACGGAAACUUUAGACUAGGCGCUAAAGUUGUAAGAGGUCUCCCCCCUGGAGUGGUGGUAAAGGAAGCAGUAAGCAACGCGUUCACAGUGAAAGAACGCCGCCAAAAAUGUGCUAAAAAACAUGAAUUUCCAUCUAUUGACGAUGAUUUAUGGCGCUUGGUUUAUAUAAGAAAAGACGGGCCUGUAUAUAAAAGAGCAGUUGAAGCAGGAAUCCGUACAGUAAAUGAUUUCUUACAACGCUGUGAAACCACUACAGCAAAAGAACUGCAACAUAUUCUUCAUGUUCCUGAAGCAAAGUGGAAAGCAAUUGUUGAAAAUGCUAAUAAAGCUAAAGCCUGCAACUUGACCCAAGAGCCAAGGGUUAAAUUCAUGGGUCAAACAAACUGGGUUGAUGAUUCUCGGAAGGAACUAGCUGAUAAGACUGCUGCAUAUCCGAAGCAGAGUUUGCUUUUAAAAUUUAAUUCCCCUGCUAAUCAGAUCUUGGAUCAAGAACUCAUAAACCCAUCAUUUAUUCAAGGACACGAACAACCACCACCACCACCUCCGUGUGGAAAUUCUAUUAUAGGUGAGCUAUUGCAUACUCUGAAUGCAGGCAGUCUUUUAUCUAACCAAAUGGGCAGUAUUCCACCAAAUAUUGAUCAUGAUGCCACACCAGCAAAUCAAGCCUAUCAAGGUAAAAUGGUGGAGCAUGAAAAUGACUUGCCACUAGAAGCAUCAUGGGAAGAUAUAAAUUUGGAUUGGUUAAUUGACUUGAAAGGAAGCCCUCCACGGCUAGAGGAGAUGGGGAAUGUUUCUCAAGUUUCAUCCCAUGUCAAUGUUACCAGCAAGAUAAUAACUGCAUGUUACGUGACUAAAGCUGCAGCUCUCUUCAUGAUUUCUGUUCAGCAAGAUGCAAGUGUCCCUGCAAAAAAGCGAAAGCUUCAAUGACACCAUAAAAUUUCCAGGCUUGUUGUAUAAUACGGAGUGCGUUAUAUAAGUGUCUCGCUUGUAUAAUUAUCUUCAAUUCUCUUUGCUUA